AUGCGCGGCUUUUCUUCUCUCGUGGGCACUGCCCUUGCGAUGCCAUCUACUCUAGUUUCUGCUCAUCCUCGCCCACAUGGUCACGGCGGAUCUCACUGGCUACGACCCUAUAACUCAAACUGGGAUUCGGUUCAGUCGUCAGGCGGUCCUGUGUCUUCAGCUACCGCUACGCCAUCGGCAUCAUAUAUUCCCCUGACCUCUGUUGCUCCUACAGCCUCAUCGUCCGCGGUUUCUAGCGCUUCGCCCGUAGGAGUCUUGCUGCCUUUGUAUACCGGUCCCGGCGAGAACGGUGACGCCUGGAAGCCCGUCUACAAUGCCAUCACCUCACACUCGAUGGUGCCGUUCUAUGUCAUUAUCAACCCUGACAGUGGACCAGGCACUACCGAAGAGUACAUCCAGGCCAUCACAAAGCUGAAGAGCAGCCCGAACGUCCAGCUCCUCGGCUAUGUGCCUACUACCUACGCGGAGAAGCCCAACGCAGAAAUUGAGAAAGUGAUCUCCACGUACGGCAACUGGGCCUCGUACACCGCGAACAAUAUCACACUCUCCGGAAUGUUCUUCGACGAGGCCCCCAACACCAACGACAACGCCAAGAUCAAGUACAUGCAGAAUAUCGCGCAGUCUGCUCGCUCGAAAAACAUGAACACUGUCGUUUUCAACCCGGGCGCAAAGCUGGAGGAUGCGGCGGCGGCGCAGUAUUUCGAAGCUGCUGAUUUUAUCGUCGAGUUUGAGAAGGACUAUACCGAGUGGCAGUCUGAGUCGACUGAGGAGAAGUUCUCGACUACUCAGUACCGCUCUAAGGAUGCGGUCAUUGUGAAGCAGACGCCUGAGGAUGCUGAUAUUGCUGCUAUUGUUCGUGAUGCUUCGAACUUGGGUAUUGGGGCGGUUUACUUGACUCAUGAUGGUGACUACAUGAGGCUUGAUUCUGUAUCAAAGGUUGCUCUGGCUCUUGCUCAGGCUUAA